AUGAACACCAUCCUCGUGUUUGUCGCCCUACUUGGUUUCGCACUCUGCGAUAUUCCUCUGCCUCCUCAGCCUCCUGAGGCUCUUCCCGAGGCGGAGCUCGAGCAGAAAAGAGAGGAAAUAAAAAAGGAACUGCGGGAGAAAAUGGUCAAUCUCAUCCAUGAAUUGGACGAGGCUUUGAAUAAGCAAACUAAGAUCCUGGACGACAAGUCGCUUAGCCGCAAGGACAAACUCAACGCCCUACGGAAGCUGAGAGAGGAGAAUCCAAAGGUUUACAACGUUCUGAAGGCCAUCCUCCACCAAUUCGUUCCGAAACAUAAAUUUGGAAGAAGACAUGGCCCCAUGAUGAUGAAGGGACCCAGGCAUGGAUGGCAAAAGGGACCAAAAGAGGGAAACAAGCCUUUCGGCCCUAUGAAGUUACCAGAGCCUAUGAAACCUAUGCAGCCAAAACUAGAAGUACCCGUCAAAGCUUGA